GACACCUGGUGUUCGAGGUAUUCGGGGUUCUGAGGGCAUUGAAAAGAAAAGGUACUUUUGCCGGGUGGAGAUGGGAUGAAAGUAUUCCAGAUCGCUGGGGGGGUGGGGUUGGUUGGAAAAGCCCGGGUUAUGAAUCAGAUUGGUUGGGCUUUGUAAACACAGGGUAAAAGUAGUAAGAUUAGGUUGCAGUCUGACAGUUCCUGGGCUUGUCUGUGACCGUUUUAACCACUGAGCAGCAAAAUGAGGAAAAUACGCUUAAAGCUCAUGUACUACGGAUGCUGCUCACGUUAUGAUGGAGUUACCUCCCGAUAAACCCAUGGCCUACAUGAACCCAAUAGCAAUGGCCAGAUCAAGGGGUCCAAUCCAGUCUUCAGGGCCAACAAUCCAGGAUUAUCUGAAUCGACCAAGGCCUACCUGGGAAGAAGUGAAAGAGCAACUAGAAAAGAAAAAGAAAGGCUCUAAGGCUUUGGCUGAAUUUGAAGAAAAAAUGAAUGAGAACUGGAAGAAAGAACUAGAAAAACACAGGGAGACAUUGUUAAGUGGAAGUGAAAGCUCAUCCAAAAAAAGACAGAGAAAGAAAAAAGAAAAGAAGAAAUCUGGUAGGUAUUCCUCCUCUUCUUCUUCAUCAAGCUCUGAUUCUUCCAGCAGUUCUUUGGAUUCUGAAGAUGAGGAUAAGAAACAAGGGAAAAGGAAGAAGAAAAAGAAGUACCGUUUAAAUAAAUCUUCUGAAAGCUCAAUGUCGGAAACAGAAUCAGACAGUAAGGAUAGUUUAAAGAAGAAAAAGAAGUCAAAGGAUGCAACUGAGAAGGAAAAGGAUGUUAAAAGGCUCAGCAAGAAAAGGAAGAUGGAUCCUGAAGAUAAACCUUUAUCAUCUGAGUCCUUGUCCGAAUCAGAAUAUAUUGAGGAAGUACGAGCAAAAAAGAAGAAAAGCAGUGAAGAGCAAGAAAAAGCAACAGCAAGUAUCUCUUAUAUUUUUACAUGA